GUGUCACAAAAAAAAUUACACAUAUUUUCACGAAUUUAAUUUUUAACAUAAAUUAAAUUAAUUUACCUUUAUUUUUUUUACAAAUUCAUUAUUCGGCGCUGUAAGCACUGCAAAAUAUAAUAUGUGAACUGACCGACCCAUUUUUAAUAUCCAAUGAUUUUAAUGAAUAAUUAUUAUCAUGAAUCAAAACAUUAUGAUGAAUUCUAAGAGUUUUUCCUUACUCUCUGAAGAACUUUGUAGUAUUUUAUACGGUAAAGAAAAAAAUUCAGGAAAGAUAAAUUCUCUCAUAGAUGAGUUAAAUGCAUUGCCUUAUAAGGCGGAGCUGUUCCUGAAAAGAAAUGAUAUUACUUCGUUAUUAAACGUCCUGUGCUUGUAUAUAAAACCUGUAGAUGAGUUUAUUUCUGCAAAAACAUCACACUUAUUCAACAGUGUGAUAACCAAGCAAAACAUACCCAUAUCAAAUGACCACCUAGGGAAGGUAAUAGCAUGGCAUAUUGAAUGUAUCAAGACAUGUUCAGAUGUUGUUUUGCCUGAUAUUUUACAUAAUUUGCAAUGUAUUUUGCAAGUUAAUGUACAAGCAGGAUAUAAGUUCAUCAAUGAGUUGAUUGGUAAGAAUGGUCUUCUUACAAAAUUAAUAGAAGCAGAUAAGAACAUCAACCAAAGUGGUCAAAAUUCUUCCCAAAUAACACUUAUUGUAUUGAAAUGUAUAUUAUGUCUUCUGCCAACAAUUGAGGAUAAAUUAAGUGAUGAUACAGAAUUAACACAGGACAUAAAGGAACAUAUUUCAUGUAUUGUUGUUAAAUAUCUCUUGAAAGGUUCUAUGAAAAAUCAAGAUGAAUUUUUAUAUUGUAAGAUUGUUAUAACAGCCUUAAGAGUAUUGGCUCAUGUUUACUUUAACUAUCAUACAACAGAAAUACCUCUACCAGAGUUGAUGGGCAUAUGCCAGUAUUUCAUAUUGUAUGGCUUGAUUAAACAAAAUAGUAAACCGGAAAAAAUACUACCUGCCCAGCAAAGUAUUGCUAUAGCUCCUGUUAAACCCACUACAAGAGGAGGCAAGAAACAAAAAGUAAGAAAACAAAGGAACAAUGCAAUAGAAAGCUUGAAAAAAGAAAUACCAGUGUCUGAUCGCAGCCUUAUGAAAGAUGUGGAAAAUUUUGAAAACAACUCUGCUUACAAACCAGCCAGUAAAAAUUACUUAGAACCAGUGAAAGCUAAGACCUGUUGGGCCUUAACAAGUGAUUCAGAUAUUUCUGAUGUGGAAAACAGUAGAGAGGCAAAGCUUGUAGCUUUGAAAUCAAGGGUACGGCAGAGUGCUGCUAAUUUGUUCUUAGUUCUAUUCAAGAUAAAAGAUAAGAAAGAACUAUUUGGCUAUUGGUGGGCUUUCUUACCUGAUUCACCUGAUGUUAACAAUUGGCUUGCUGAAGAAAAUUCUAAGAAAAGUCUGGCAUAUUGUGCAGUUACAGAUCCUAUAGCCAGUAGUAGAGCAAGUGCCUUAAGUGUUAUUUUAGCUUUAUUAUCGGGCUCUAAAAUGUAUUUGGCACAAGCUGAAGUCAGCAAAAAGUCAAACACAUCUUUUAUACCAUUCUCAGUGUCCUUAGGAUACAUUAUAAAUUGUAUGCAUAAGAUCCUAGUAGAUAUACUAAAUAGUGAGAGAAGCCAUGCUGUAAUCAUAGUCACUUUGAAGUGUUGUGCUGCUUUAGUUCAAGCAACACCAUACCAUAAAAUGCAAGAAGGUUUGGUUAGUGAUUUGGUGAAAUCUACCAGACGAUUUUUGGUACAUAGAGAUGUCACACUUCAAGUUGGUGCAUUGAUAACUAUGGGAUGCGUUUUAUCCAUUGAUCCUAAAGUUAACGAAUUACUCUUAGCAAUACGUAAGGAUGCUUCUUAUUGCAAGAGUACUGCAAAUUCAUCAAAUAAAGAAAAUAAAACAAACAUGGACGAUUGUGAUGAUUUUGAAGAGGGCUAUUCUGAUGAUGAAAUCUUCACUGCAAUAGAACCAGUAGAAGUGAUAGUCGAAAAAGAUAAUAAAAAUACGUCAUACUUUAAUACAUGGAUCUUAGAUAUUUGUUUUAAGAAUUUAGGUUGGAUGUUUAAAGGUGAUGAGAGAAUUAAUUGUAAGCCAUCAGCAAUACCAGUGAUUUUGGAAUCACUUCAAGUAUUAUCGGCCAUUGCGUUUCACCAUUUAGCUGAAAUACUCAAACCGCAUAUAAAGCUAUUGUCUGAUAUUUUAUAUGAAAUGUUGGUUCAUGAACACCAAGACGUCGUGUUACAAACUGCAAGAUUAAUAAGUAUUAUUGGGGAUGCUAUACAAAAAUUAGAGCAAAUAGAUGAAGCACCACCAUUAAAUCGUUGUGUUUAUAUGUGGGAGAAGUUAAUAACUCCUUUAUCUACCGUCCUACAAUGUCAUGAGAGUACUCCAGCUAAGGCGGUCGUUUGCGACUGUAUAGCUAAUAUAGGAGAGAAAUCAUUUAAGGAGUUACCAGACCGUACGCAAAUGUUAUGUUGCACAUUGCUAAUGGGUUCCUGUAGCGACGAAGAGGCGAGCGUGCGUGCGGCCGCCGUGCGAGCGCUUGCUAUGACCGUAAUGUAUAGAACGCUGAGAGAGGAUAUUUGCUUCGUAAGUGAUUGUGGCGAGAAUAUCCUAAGAGCAUUGUCAGAGACAACAUUGGUUGUUAAAACAAAAGCUGCGUGGGCCCUUGCGAAUCUCAGUGACGCCCUUGUUUUGAACGCGGAGGAACCGGAUGUGGAGAGAUUAGACGAUGACCUGUUGUUACGGUUACUUGAGGUUAGCGUCAACUGCGCUGCAGAUAAUGAUAAGGUAAAAAUGAGCGCAACACGUGCCCUCGGCAAUAUGUUGCGUUUGAUACGAGAGGACAAUCUCGCCCGUCAUCCCCAAUUGAAGGCAUUAUGCGAGCUAGCUAUAGGAAAGCUUUUAGAAUGUGCAGUAAAAGUGACAAAUAUGAAGGUGCGGUGGAACGCGUGUUACGCUAUUGGAAACGCUAUGAAGAACGAUACGCUGUUUACGAGCUUUAGCGGGUGGCAGUACCAAGUGUUUCCAAGCCUUUGCAACUUGGCGCAAGAGUGCAAGAAUCUCAAAGUGCGUAUAAACGCAUCGGUUGCGUUGCGUGCGCCCAGUGUACGCACGCACUACGGUCCGCACUAUGCGCUCGUGUGGCGAGGUGUUAUGGAGGCUAUGCAGUGUGCUGCGAAUGUUGAUGACUACUCGGAAUAUAGACAUAAGGAUAAUUUGAUUGAACAGCUAUGCGUGACUCUAGCCCACAUGUGUUGCCUUCUCAAACAAUCGGAUCUUACAGACAUUUUGGACCCUUUAGUGUUUAACUUCGACUGCGCCAAGUCUCUGUACACCCAGCUAUAUCAGAAGCUGCCUCCAGAAAAUUCCUCGUGUAUGAAAAUACUGCAAGCUGCUAAAUAUGUAACCGUUGAUUUGACAGCAACUAAUGAUUCGCAUUUGCAGUCAUUGGGAAUGUUGCAGGAGAUAUUUAUAUGGGAUGUAUAGUUGAAGAUCGAGAAGUACUUGAGUAUAAGCCGUUACAUUUUAUUUAUUAAGGAAAUAGGUAUGUUAAGGAGACACGUGUACUUUGUGGUAUGGCAGAUUUUUUAUACCUGUUUAACUUGCCGAGAACUUUUUUAAAGAAAUGUGGAGUUAUAUAUAAAUUGAUUGUAACAUUCACAGUUCUCACGCUAAUUCCAAUGCCAAGGAUUUGGUCUAUAGUACAUAACGUAUGUUAAUGUAACCAUACUAAUAUUAUGAAUUCGAAAGUGAUUUUAUCUAUUUCUCUACGCUUAUAAACCGCUGAUCCGAUCUCGAGUAAAUUUGAACCAGGAGUAAAGAUAACAUUGGGAAACGACACUAGUUCUCUUUUUGUUAAGACAAAGAAAAUGGGCGUAGGGGGAUAUUACUACAUGAAAAUAAUACAAAACAAAAUAAAAUAUAAAAUAACAUAAUAUCACGCGAUAACGUAAGUCGCAUACCUACUCACGAAGCUGAAAGGAAAAUAUCUACGUUCUCACUGAAAAUUUUAACUGUCUAACUAUCACGCAUCAUGAUUUGGUCACCGACGGACGGAUAUACAGACAGAUAGCGAUUUCUCUGUAAUAGGGUCCCGUUUUAUCCUUUGGGUACGGAACCCUAAAAAUAUAUGUUUUAAUUCAUAGGAUAUGUAUACCUAUAUGGUAUUUAUUUAACAAAGAUUUCUUCUUUAUUAAUAUGUAUAACAGAACUUUAAUUUAUUUAA